GACACGUGAAUCAGAGCAGAAGCAUUAGCAACACGAAAAAAUGGAUAUCGACGAACAGCCAGACACGCAAAAUGGACAGAAGAAAAAGGGGAAAGUUAAGAAACAAAAGAAACGGGAAACAUGUCUUGAAAAAAACGACGGAAAAGAGCAGGACAGCGUCACGGAACCUGCCCGAAAUCCCACUGAAAAUUCCUUUCCUCCUACAUUCAGUUUAUCCGAAAUCAAAAACAAACAGCGGAGACACUGCAUGUUCAUGAAAUUAAAACAAGAGAAAAGAAAGCAAAAGUUGGAGCUGAGAAAGAAGAGGAGAAAAGAAAGACAAGCGCUUGGGGAUAAGGCUCCACCCAAAGAGGUCCCAAAAACCAUUGAAAACCAGAGAAUAUACGAUGAAACCACAGUAGAUCCUGAGGAUGAAGAGGUUGCUUUUGAUGAGGGAACAGAUGAGUUUUCAGCUUACUUCAACCGACUAACAAAUCCCAAAGUUCUCAUCACCACAUCAGACAGACCCAGAGGGAGAACAGUGCGGUUUUGUGAGCAGCUAGCAACGAUCAUCCCAGACGCACAUGUUUACUACAGGCGAGGCCUAGCGCUGAAGAGAAUUAUCCCUCAGUGUAUAGCAAGAGGUUUCACAUACCUGAUGGUCAUUAAUGAGGAUCGCAAAGUGCCCAACGGCAUGGUUCUCUGCCAUCUUCCAGACGGCCCCACAGCACACUUCAAGGUCAGCAGCGUUCGACUUCGCAAGGAGAUGAAGAGGCGAGGGAAAGAGCCAACGGAGCACCACCCAGAGGUCAUCCUCAACAACUUCACCACCAGGCUGGGACACACCGUCGGUCGCUUGUUUGCAGCGCUUUUCCCCCACGACCCGCAGUUCGUCGGCCGUCAGGUGGCCACCUUUCACAAUCAGCGAGACUUCAUAUUCUUCAGGUUUCACAGAUACAUUUUCAAGAAUGAAAAAAGAGUUGGCAUUCAAGAAUUAGGACCACGCUUCACCUUAAAGUUGCGCUCACUCCAGAAGGGAACUUUUGACUCCAAGUUUGGCGAGUAUGAGUGGGUUCACAAUCGUCACGAGAUGGACGCGAGCAGGAGGAAAUUCCAUCUUUAAAUGAGUGGGGAAAACAAUCCAGUCACUCAAGGACAUGUAUACUUUUUUUAUAAUGGCAGACAAAUGCAAUUGUGUGGUUUCUCUGUUUUGUAGAACACCUGGAAAAAAACAAAAAACUUCCAUUUGUUUAAUGGAUUUGGGAACUUUGUGAGAUCACCUAAGUGAAAUAUUGGAAAUAAACUAUGUACAGUGAAUUUAUAUUAAAGAAGCAUGUACACAUCUUGUGUCCUGUGAUUUCGUAUAAAGGAUGUGUUUACCAAGAAACUUGAUUAACAUCUGUAAUUAAUGCGAUACAGUGUCUGCAGCAUCACAUUUAAAUAUUGAAUAGUUUAUCUCAUUGUUCAGAAGCUGACUGAUUGACUGAUAAGCUGGAAACCUAUGAGGUUAAAAUCCUCGGCUUCAGUGCUCCACAUUUUGCGAACGAAUGAUUGUACUUUUAAAACGAUGUUGUGCUGGGUGAAUUGCCC